GCCAGUCUCCUCCUUCUGGCCUCCAGAUUUUUGCACUUUUCCCAGAAUACUCGUAAAAAGGCGGGGCCUUUAACCCAGGAGCUUCGAAACUAGGCGUGGUCUCUUCUUCGGUAUGUUUCGGAAAGUAGAGGGACCUCUGGUCUGAGACUGUUCGGGAGGGAGGGCGGAGCCUUCUGCCUGGGACUGUUCGGAAAAGGGCGGAGCUUACCUCGCAUCAGGACCAGUCUGGCUGCACCUGCAUCUUUAGCUCAGAGCAUCCCUAGAGCAUCUUAGGUGGACCCGCAGCUGGCACAGUGAGGCCAAGCCAUCGCAGGAGAAGUCCUUCCCUGUUGCCCAUAUCGGCAUCUUGCAGCUGCGGCCUUGGCACUAACAGAGGGGUGCAGGAGUUCUCAGGAAGCUGGGAACCCAUUUACAGCAAGUGCUGCUGAUUACGCCAUGGCCGAGAUCACCAAUAUUCGACCCAGCUUUGAUGUAUCCCCAGUGGUGUUGGGGCUCAUCGGGGCCACCGUGCUGGUGGUGUCUGUAUCCGUGACAGUCUUUGUCUGGACCUGCUGCCACCAACAGGCUGAGAAGAAGCACAAGACGCCUCCUUACAAGUUUAUCCACAUGCUCAAGGGCAUCAGCAUCUACCCGGAGACACUCAGCAAUAAGAAGAAAAUCAUCCGUGUGAGGAGAGACAAAGGUGGUCCAGGGCAAGAAGGUGGAAGAGGGAAUCUAUUGGUGGAUGCAGCUGAAUCAGGUCUCCUAAGCCGAGAGAAGAGUCCUGGGGUACUGAGCACUAGCCCGUGUAUAGACCAGCUCCCCAUCAAGGUGGACUAUGGGGAUGAACUGAGCCCAGUUCAGAGCCUGACCCCUGGGGGAAGCAAAACAGCUUCCCCAUCUUCCCCAGAAGAAGAUGUCAUGCUGGGGUCCCUUACUUUCUCAGUGGACUAUAAUUUCCCUAAAAAAGCCCUGGUAGUGACAAUCCAAGAGGCACACGGGCUGCCAGUGAUGGAUGACCAGACCCAGGGUUCCGAUCCCUACAUCAAAAUGACCAUCCUCCCAGACAAACGGCACCGUGUGAAGACAAGAGUGCUACGCAAAACACUGGACCCUGUGUUCGAUGAGACCUUUACUUUCUAUGGCAUCCCCUACAGCCAGCUGCAGGAUCUUGUGCUGCACUUUCUGGUCCUCAGUUUCGACCGAUUCUCCCGGGAUGAUGUCAUUGGUGAGGUCAUGGUGCCACUGGCUGGGGUGGAUCCCAGCACUGGCAAGGUUCAGCUGACCCGGGACAUCAUCAAGAGAAAUAUCCAGAAGUGUAUCAGCAGAGGGGAGCUGCAAGUAUCCCUGUCCUACCAGCCGGUGGCACAGAGAAUGACAGUGGUGGUCCUUAAAGCAAGACACUUGCCAAAGAUGGAUAUCACCGGUCUCUCAGGUAAUCCCUACGUCAAGAUGAACCUCUAUUACGGCAGGAAGCGCAUUGCCAAGAAGAAGACCCACGUGAAGAAGUGCACUUUGAAUCCUGUCUUCAAUGAGUCCUUCAUCUACGAUAUCCCCACUGACCUGCUGCCUGAUAUCAGUAUCGAGUUCCUCGUUAUCGACUUCGAGCGCACCACCAAGAACGAGGUGGUGGGGAGGCUGAUCUUGGGGGCCCACAGUGUCACGGCUGCCGGUGCGGAACACUGGCGAGAGGUCUGUGAGAGCCCACGCAAGCCAGUAGCCAAGUGGCACAGUCUGAGCGAGUACUAAUCCUGACUCCCUCCCCCCAAAACCUGGGGGGGGGAGGUGGGAUGGCCAGAGGAUUGGCGGGAGGGGAGAUGAUGGAGAGAGGCGGACUCAAAACCUCAUUUUAGUCAUAGAAGAAACUUUCAUACAAAACACAACCCACAAAGGACACCUCAUACAACCCCAGCAACAGAUUGGUUCCUUGGUUCCUAGCAAUGAGGAUUUUUUUUUCCUUUUACAAGGCACUAGAAAUUUAAAAAAAAAAAAAGGAAAAAGGAAAAAAAAUGAGGAAAAAAGAGUGAAAGACCCCAUACAAGCCUAUAUAUAUAACAAUGUAACCACAUAAUUGCAUGUCUAAUACAAACUGAAUCAAUUAGUGUAACUUCCAAUAUGGAGUUAUCGAUUUUAAUCCAUGAAAAAGUGUUCUGUGCUGAAUUGUUUGCUGAGGUUCACCUGAAACUAGCCUCUGUUUUACCAGGCUUUUCUGGAGGGUGUUGUGAUUUGUUUGUUUGGUUUUUUUAACUCCAAAUUUUGCCGUUGAACACCUCAUCUCCUCAUCCACCAUCUUGGUCUCGGCCUCCUUUCUGGCCUCUUCCCAGGGAGUGGGAGAGAUCCUUGGCCUAACCAAGGAAUGAGCCAAAAGCUAAAAAAAAUCUGCCCUCAGCCAAGAAACAAACAUGGUGCUGGGCAGUAGAAAGGAUUAUAUUUUGUUUUGUUUUGUUUUGUUUACCGAUAGAAAGAAAAAUCUAGCUAAAUGAGCUGUGGGAAUGGCUGACAGAUAACUGUCCCUUGAUUGCAUAUAGGUAGCAAAACACUAGGGCUUGACCUGAUGAAACUUGGGUUUGUGACACAGCCAGACUUUCCCCAUAAGGACCAUGAAAUCAUCAAUUCAGAGGAUUUCUUAUGGCAAAAGGGGGAGGGGGAGGGAAGGGAAAUCUAAAGGGCCAGGACCCAAAGAGAAUGCCAUUGUCUUGCUAUUUGUGUAAUGGUCCCUAAAUACCAUAUUCAUCCUCUUUCUAAAUGAGAAGGAUCAGGGAAGGGAGGAGAGGAAGACUCCGGCCUGCCCAUUUUGCUGCUAUAUACAGAAGUCAUCCGUUGGUGGCUGGACUAAAAUCUGACAGUGGUUUAAAGGGUUAGAUGGGUCUUUGGUUUUUCUAAAUAUUGUCCAAGGAAUUUCUCUGGAAUUGGCCUAGAGCCUUAUUUGGGGGUUUAACUUUUGUUCUCCAAAGGCAAAUAUUCUCAGAAAUGACUCUUUCUUGAAGUUUCAAUGAUGGCCCUUAGGGAAAAAAAAUAAUGGUGAUACUCACUUUCCUAUAGCGCUUUUCAAGUCAAAAAGUGCCACCCUCAUCAAAAAGGGUGUCGCCACCACCCUUGGAUUUCUAUAGCACCUUUUCCACCCUCUCCCAGUCCCCAAAAGUACAAAGUUCAUGUAUAACCUUACUGGGUUUCAAAACAUCCCUGGGAAUUGGGAGUGGGGAUAGUUUAGGGAUUUUAAUCAGUUUUUUAUACAUGGUGAAACAGGGCCUCUUGAGAAUUCAGCCAUUUGUCCAGAAUCUCAAGGUAAGUCAGUGGUUAAACUGGGAAGAGAAUUCAGGUCUCCUAUCUCCCAGCCCAAUGAUCUUUCCCUUAGUUUUGAGAUGGUUUAAAGACUCAGCUCCCCCUGGGGAUAGCCUGAAUUAUGUGGAACACAUAAUGCCACAUAGGGUAUCCCUCAGCUUACAAAAGGAAUCAGCCAAGUUAGAGACUGAGCCAGGCUCCUGAUGAUCAUCCAUCUGCAUACCAAUGAAGUAUCACUACACUUAAAAAGUUCUCCCCAGUUUGCUUCCAAGGAGGGCUACAGAAAAGUCAGAUAGCUUAUCAAAGGAUGUACAUCUUGCCUUGAGCCUUCCAGGUAGCUCUGCAGACAUUAAAAAAAAUAAAAAAUAAAAAGCCACAAAAAUCCUUCCAGCUCACUCCUCCCAAAAGAACAACAAAAAAAAAUCAUCCUCUUCUUUUUUUUUUUCAUCACUAUCUCUUGAAAACAAGAAGAUUUAAGUAGGUAGAAAGAUAACAAGAGUGUCCCUCCCUAUCCCAGUUCUUUCCCUUCCUCCUCCAGCAUUCCAGCUCAAAUUUCCUCCCACCUUUAAGUUGUGUUCUGAAAACUAGUCUCUGUCCUGUGCCUGGAGGAUUGUAAAUACUGUAUCAUACGUAGAAGAAAAUAAUUUUUUUUUUGGUUUUUUAAAAGCUCACUUUGAGAUAGUUUAAUGUAAAUCCAGUCGGCGCAUUUUGAAGCCCGCUUAGGAAGAAAUGGAAAUGGUUCCUCUUCAUCGCCUUAAUGCCUAAAGAUCAGAAAUCCCUGAGCAUCCCCACUUCUGUUUCCUUCCCAGAAACAAUGCAAAGCAACUGGUAGAGAUAGCUGGGCCUUGGCCCAGCUGUGUGUGUGCCUCUAUAGCUCCUCCAGACAUAAGUUUGGGAAAACUGCCUCUCCCCUUCCUCUCCCACCGCCCCCCCCCUCCACUCUCCCACCUUCCCUGGUAGCUUUAUUCUUCCCAUCUUUUGGAUCUCCUGAGUAGUGAGUGGGUGGGGAAGGGAUAGGGGAACAGUCAAUAGAAACUGGGGUGGGGGGAGGGGGCUGACUGCCAUGACUGUCUUUCUCAAAGAAAGACAAUGUUGGGGACAGGGGUGGCUGUACCAGGUUCUCCCCACCUACCUCAGGCCUGAUCUAUUGGUGACCUUGACUUUGCUGACCCAAAGUUUCAUAGCUGGCUGUGGUCUUCUGGCCUGUUCCUUCCAAGGCUCACUGUCAGGGCAGAGCCAGAGGACUGUCUCCUCCUAGGAUUCAUUUGGUAGGCAAGAGAGUCACAGCCUCACUUUUUUUUUCUUUUCGUGUUUUUUUUUUGCACAAGACUCUCUCUAGGAGUCAGGAAUAGGUUUGGGAAAUUGUCAUUUGUCUUUGGAAGGUUGCCUGGCCUCUGGGCAUCUCCCUUCUAGGAAGAAUAGAGCUUUUAUCAGCAUCAAAAGCCCCCUUCUAGAGUGGUUCCUUUUUUCUAGCUCUUUCUGGAGAGGAAACACCAAGAGAAAUCCCCUGUUGAAUUGGAAUAGAGCUUGCUCCCAAUCCAGAAGCCAGACAUAAUUGGUUUUCUGGACAGAGACAGCUUGUUCAGGGGAGGGACUGAGGAGGGCAGGCCGCAUGUCCGGGAAGGCUCUCACCAUCACCAAGGUGAGGACACUGCCCUCACCACAAUCCCUCUCCGACGUGGUCUUUCUUUACCUUGUGUCUUCUCUUGUAAAAAUGAAACUCAGAAAUGUCUAAAACAGUUAAAUAAAACAGUGUGUCAAAAAUUUUAAAAAGAAAAAACAACAAAAAAAACCCCAGAAAAAACAUCUAACAUGAACUGUGUGACAUUGCAUAACGCUGUGAUGCUAACCUUACACUAUGUAACGCUAUCUUGUAUGUUGGAUUUGUUAAUGCACAGUACGAGUGCAGAAUAAAGACUGAUUCACAUUCA